AAUAAAUUUAUUAAAGUUGAUGUCCUAUUAAAACCACUAAUGUUCAAUAGGUAGUGAUUGCAUAUAUACUUAAAUAUUAUAUAAAAAAGAAUGUUUACCGAAAAUGAAAUUAAAAUAAAUAAAAAAGGAAACAUAGCAAUCAUUGCGUUUUCGAAAUGUUAAUGUCAAUAGGCUCAGCUAAACAUUAUUUCAUUCUCGUAUCAGACUUUAGGCUGUUCAGAUCUACUAGUAGCUAAUCAAAAUUAUCAACGAAAAUUUUUGUAACAAACAUUUUAUUAAAUUUGGUUACUUUUCUAAACAUUUCAAACCGUCUGUUUAAGGAGAAAAUCGCAUUGAACCAGUGCAACGACCAUAGAGAUUUCUAAACAAGAUCAAGAAUCCCAAAAUCCACAAUGUUGUGUAGUCGUAUGUUCAAGCGAUCGCAGAGCAUGAACCGAGAACCGCGUAUUCUCCAAGAAAGUACCCGUAAUAAAUCGGAAUGCCGUGGUAGGAGUCAAUCGAUUGAUCUGAGUAUAUUGAAACCUCUGGAUCCGCGACGCAUUCGCCAGCAAAUGUUCGCGGUCUAUGUGCGCGUUCGUCCCGCAGAUGAACUGAGAAAAGAGACCGAUCGUCCAUGGAUGUCAAUCAGACCGCCGAACAGUAUUAUGGUUGAUCGAGCAGCAAUGCUAUCGGCCUCGGAAGGUGUUGCCUCAGGAGCUUCGGUGGCGGGAUCGCCAGGGAGUCCGACAAGUCAUGAAAUCGAAUUUCGAUUCCGGCGGGUAUUCAGCGAGAGAGCAUCACAGGGUCAGGUCUUUAAGACAUUGUCGGAGUCGAUAUUCCAGCAAAUGGAUGUUGGUGGCAAUGGGCUAAUCUUGGUGACUGGUGCCCCUGGCACUGGUAAGACUCAUACAAUUUUCGGUUCUGGAAAUAAGCAAGAUCCUGGCUAUCUGCGUCGCACAUUCGAUACACUUUUCCGUUCGGCUGGUAGAGAUCUGGUUGAACGUUAUCUCAUUCAGGCGAAUCCAUCGGGUGCUGGAUUUCAAGCUGUCUCGCCGAAAACUGCCAAAAGAUUGGCCGCUCAGGGUGAUCAUAAGUCCGAAAUACCAAACUCUUCAGAAUGCCAUUGGCAAGUGGAUGGCGUGAAGAUAAGAAAGAAUAAAAGGCGUAUUGCAUGCUUUUUGGGUAUUCUGAUUGUCCAGGAGGGUACCAUCUAUGACCUAUUUGAGAAAUGUGAUGAGCGUCCGACACCCAUGACUCUUAGGGAUGAUCGAACGGGCAGAUGUUAUGCGGUUAAUGCCAAUCGCCUGGAGAUUCGUAAUACCGAUGAGGCCUUAAAUUAUGUUAAAGUGGCUUUGCAGAAACGUGAAGCUUUGAACUUUCAGGGUAGCACCCAUCUGGUGAUCAAUAUAUAUAUGGCGUUCUAUGAAAAUGGACAUUGUGGUAAGCCUCUCGAAUUCAGUCAAAUGACCAUUGUAGAGGUCAUGGCGCCCAGGGCCCAUCAGUUGCCGAGCACUAGACAUUCGUGUAGUACCCUACAAUCCGUUUAUACAUUACACAGUUGCCUAAGUUGCCUGCACGAAAACCAAAUGGCUGUGAUUAAGGGUAAGACAGCCAAAAAGCGACCACCGAUUCGGGAAACCAGUCUUACCCAGCUCCUGCGACAUUUCUUCCAUGUUAGCACUCUGGCCCAUGUCGUCUGUUUGGCCACCAUUAGCCCGGAACGGGAACAGAUGCUAGAGAAUAUGCGUUCAUUGCGUUUUGCCGUGGAUACUAUAUAUAGCCAGGAAGGUAAACAACCAGCGACCAAAGCUAAUGUGACCAAAGAUGAGCUUGUGUCUAUAGAUAAUGAAGAUAAUCUUGGCCCGAUUACCACAUUUCUGGACAAGCAUAACCAGCUCAAUCAUCGUGCCAUUCGCAGCGUAAUACCCAUUGUACUGCCAUGCUUCCUGCAGAUUGGCACCCUACUUACACUCCUCAAAUCCCAUAUAGUAAAACGGAAAAAGUUCAUACAGAGCUCUGAGAAUCUAAGCAGGGAAUUACUGGCACGAUUUGGUUAUAGUAUUACUGGAUUCGUUGCUCUGCAGGAAGAUACCUUGGUGGAACUGAGGACGUCCAACCAGGCGAUGAUUAACGUGGUUAUGCAACUGGAGAUGAUCCAUGAGCCACUUAACUAUGGCACGCUCUCAGUUCAAGCUCAGCAGAUGGAGAAGAAGGUCCAGAUAACUGAGAAUCUUCUACGCGGACGCAAUCAGCAAUUGAAGAUAUAUGCCAAUAAUUUGGAGUCCAAACAAGAGGCGGAAAAUAAUAUGCAAAAUAACCAAAAGGAUUAGGUAAUCUUAGGUCAAUCUAUCUAUCUGGAUUUGUGAUUCUUAACUUGGCUAUAUAUAAGAUGCUUUCAUGGAAUGAUAUAAGUGAGCCCCUAACUUAGUUGCCUCCGCGCUACCUUCUUGGAUCUCUGGACCAUGUUGUACUUAUGCUGGCGUAGAGGUCUCUACUGAUUUUCUCUUUUCUAAUAACAGAUUGCUCGAGUGAUCAGAUAUCAUAAAAAAUAUAUAUAUACAAUUUGAAAUAAGAAAUAAAUAAGUAAAUAAAUAAAUUUGAAAUAAGUCUUUUCUUAUUGCAAUGACACACUUUCCCACAGCCCAACGGAUCCGAGUUCCCAAUUCCCGGACUUGGAACAUGUGUUCUUUUUCCAGUUUUAUGUUCUUAUGAAUAUAUAUACUCCUCAGCGAGUGUUCUGCAUUCCCAAUUAGUUUUGGAAUGCAUUUGUCACAUUUUGUCAGGCCAUGAUCAAGGCUAAACUUGGUAGGGUACACGUAAAAAAAAAAAAAAAAAAAGGAAAAAAAUAAUAAAAAAAAAAAAACUAUAUAAAAGCCGCCGACUGCAAUCAAAAAUCCAUUUACACGUUCACUCGCACGAUCCGUGGUUGUGUCCAAAGUGGAUGGCCCCUUGGCCGUGGAUUGGGGCUUUUGAUUUGCUGACAAGCCAACGUCAUGUUCCUCAUGCAUUUGCCCCCUCACUUCCUCCAAAGCUGCCCCCACUCCAAGUCCAACUGUCUUUCCCCUCUGUUUUUUUUUUCUUUUUUUUGGACGUGCAAAUCAUCAUGCGCUUUGUGGGGUCGCCGGAAUGGAAACUCCAAAUAAAAAGAAAAAUAACCGACGAACCUGAACCUGGAACCCUGUACUCUGGUGCGAGGUAACGUGAGUAGAUAGCAGCAUUAGGGUGUCUCGUGAGUCUGCUGUAAUGUGAGUAGAUAGGGUUGUUAGAUCUUUACCACUUAGUUAGUUAAAAAUAAGAUCUUAGGUGCAAAGUUCUUGGAAUCAUAACUCUUAGAUGAAAAACUAAAGUCAGUAGACUGAAGCAUUAGGAUGUUACACUAACUAGCUGAUCAGCCAUCAGAAAAGCUCAUAAACUUUAAAAUAUUGAUAAGAAAACUUCUAGGAAUGAGCAACUUUGUAAGCCUGGGUUACGUGUUUUUAGUAAGUAUAAAUGCCACGUUUUGAAAAUUUAAAUAAAAACUAAUAGACCUUAAAAGCAGCGAGUUAAAUGCUUGAUAUAGUUUAUAUUUUUAAGUAUGAGCUGGCUGUAACUUCCGUUUUACAAACCCCUAUCACCCUGAAAAUGACGCACUGGAAAUCGGAAGAUGCUGCCUUACUAUCUCAACGGAUGUGGGGAAUGGUAUGUGGUUCCUUUUUUUUUUUUGCUCAUUGAAGGUUGAAACGAUGCAAAAAUAAUCAUUGCUUUGCAUUUUCCUCUAACCGAUAACUGCAAAGGGGAAACCUUGAAGUUGCAACUCGUUUAGUGCCGCCUUUUGUUUUUCAAUCUAUUUUCCUCUCUGGUAUUGUUUGCCUUUACCGAUUGCCGCAUAUUUGUUUUUUAUUAAUGAGAAAGCAAUAAAAAAAAAAAGGUAAGAAAAAGUGUAACGUUAAAAGUGUAACGUUACAAGUGUAACGUUACAAGUGUAACGUUAAAAGUGUAACGUAAAAAGUGUAACGUAAAAGUGUAACGCAAACAAAACGGCUUACAUGCAAAUAAUGUAUGUUGCUUAUCGGCCAGCCUAUCUUAAUUUUGUAAAGUAUAUAGUA